AUGUGCUUCACCGGAAUAUGGGAAGGGAGGGUUCCUCUCAUGAAUGUGGUGUCAGGAUGGACGGCAAAUCGGACCGUGCGACAGACCAGAGUCAACACGGAGGGUCCGUUUUGUGUGUGUGUUAGAACACGUAGGGUCCGUUUUGUGUUCGACAAGGCGCUUGGUCCGAGUUGCUGCAUGUUGGACACGCGGCACUCAUUCGCUGCUCCCCAGACGAAAUUAAGAAUGUUGACCUGUGACCAUCCACUUCCCCCGGAUCGGUACAACGAUCGGGUGGAGGACCAUUUACGAGUUACUGGAUUCUAUCAUGCAUCUCAAAUUGGUGUAGUGCAAAAUCAGAAAGCACUCGUGAAUGCUCUAAUAGAACGGUGGCACCCUGAAACACAUACGUUUCACCUUCCAAUUGGUGAGUGUGCCGUAAGUCUUGAAGACGUGGCUCUAAUUCUUGGUCUCCCGACGGAUGGUCUUCCAGUUACUGGGAUGACAAUGAGCAGCUUCUCAGCGUUGGAGGCGGAAUGUUUGCAUCAAUUUGGAGUGGCACCGAGAAAGGUAGAGUGUAGAGGAUGUUGUAUAAGACUGACUUGGCUGCGGGACCUAAAAGAAAACAUUCAGUUGACUGAUGACUUAAGUAUACAGAGGUACGUGAAGUGCCAUAUUAUGUUGCUGAUCGGGACGAUCUUGUUUGGGGAUAAAUCUGGGGCAGGUGUGCACUGGAAGUUUCUACCCUUGCUUCGUGACUUUGCCAGUAUUGGACAAUAUAGUUGGGGUUCGGCUUGCCUUGCACACCUCUACAGGGGGCUAUGCAGGGCAUCUCGUUAUAAUUGUAAGGAAAUAGAUGGUCCAAUAACACUUUUGCUUGCUUGGGCUUGGCUCCGACUGCCAUAUCUGUCGCCGAUCCCGAGAGAGCCCCACAGCUUUCCAUUAGCCAACAGGUGGCGUAACUGGGAGCGUGGUGAUCGACGAUAUAGGUAUUUGAAUCUAGCUCACUUUAGGAAGGCCUUUGAUGAACUCCAGGAAGGCCAGUUUGUGUGGGUUGCGUAUGCUGUGGAUCGCGUGAACCCGAACAUAAUUCCUCCUGAGAUCUAUAUGCAAUCGGUUGUGUGGUCUGCUACUGUUCCGUUGGUGUCAUUUGAAUGUAUCGAGUGGCAUGCUACCGACAGGUACAGGCGACAGUUUGGUUUGGUUCAGGACGUACCUCAGCAGGAGCAGAGUCUUGACAAGGCGCAUGGAGAAGUACUGACUGGUCCUAAGAAUCUUAACUGGGCCACAACGCCGACUCAUUCAAAUUGGGUUAUGCAUUGGACAAACAGGUAUAACUACGUUCUUUCUGAGCUUCCCAUGCCUUCACAGCAUCCGUUGGAAACUUAUAUGUACUGGUACCGGUCAGAAUAUGGCAACCACUUGAACUUGUCGAAUCUUGUGGGUCAAGAAAGUGAUGACGAUAACCAGGAUAUGGAUGAGGGUAAUCAGGAUAUGGAUGAUGGUGGCGAGGGUAUGGAUGAGGAUAGUCAGGAUGGGGAUAAUGACAAUGAAGAGCUGGAGCCACAGUCGGUGCCGCCUCCUAGUUCCAAUCCAGUUCCACUAGAACAACCUCAGUUUUCAGGCCAGUAUGUUCCUCAGACACAGUUCUCCCCAUCCGUUCCAAUGCCGCAUCAAUAUUGGGGUAUGUCACAGUUUGAAGCAGGAGAAGGAGGUUCUUUUAGUCAGUUGCUUGAGUUCAUGCGUGCAGAUGCCACACAAACACAAUAUCCCAAUCAGCCUGAUAUCUUGGCAGGUAGGUAUUCAUUGGAUGCAAGGCUCCCGUGCCAUACCUCGUCGGUCGCUUCAGGAGGGUUCGUAUCUGUCGAUUCUAGUAGAAGUGUAGGUGGACGCGGAGUGCUUAAUAGUCAACAUGCUCAUCGUGUUGACAUGGGACCACUUCAAGAAGAUGAUAACCCACUCGAGCAAGACACCAAUGCGUAUCUAGUAGAUAACCCGGAUGAGGAGGAUGACGAUGAUGAUGAUGAAAUAGAGGAUUUCGAUGAGGAUGAGGAAUCCCGCAACGAUGGUAUUAUGCUCCGUUGUAAGCUGGCCAUGUAG